UCCCUGAAACACCUCCUUUUAUACCACCAGCAGCAGUUUAUCACUUUGUGUGGUUAAUGAUAAGAGAAUUUACAGUGUGAUAACACUAAAAAUCAAAUAUAAAAUGCUUUUACAUUAGUUUGACUUCCAACUGUGGUACAAGCAUAAUAAUUCAAUUAACAUGCACAAGUUUCCCAUUGAAGAGCACAAUCAUGUGCAUGAUCAUGACAAGUCUCCAGAUGUGCCUGAUCUGCAACCAUUAUCAUCCAGUUCACUCUUCAAUAGAAGACAGGAUUAUGAUCCUAAUUUUACCAUCACAGCUAAGAUGCAAAUGCAUGAAUUAUUAGAAAAUGUUACCGCUGCGAUGUCCAUGGACAACAUGCUCUGCUCCCGCUGCGGCGACGGUUUCCAAUCCAACGAGAAAAUCGUCAAUUCCUCGGGGGAAUUGUGGCAUCAGGAUUGUUUCGUGUGCGCGCAAUGCUUUCAGGUCUUCAAAGAUGGCACCUUCUACGAAUUCGAGAAUCGUAAAUACUGCGAGCAUGAUUUCCAGGUGCUCUUCGCGCCUUGCUGCGGAAAAUGCGGCGAGUUCGUCAUUGGGCGUGUCAUCAAAGCGAUGAACCUCAACUGGCACCCGGCGUGCUUCCGGUGCGAAUCGUGCCAUAUUGAAUUGGCCGAUUUGGGUUUUAUUAAGAACAACGGACGGGCGUUGUGUCAUGAGUGCAACGCCAAGAUUAAAGCGCAGGGAUUGGGGAGAUACAUUUGCCAUAAAUGCCAUGGGUUGAUUGAUGACCAACCAUUGAAAUUCCGCGGGGAAUUAUACCAUCCCUAUCAUUUCAACUGCACAGCAUGUGGAAUUGAACUGGAUGCAAGCGCUAGAGAGGUUCGUGGACGUCCCGGAUACGCCGCGAAUGAAAUGAACGAGUUGUACUGCUUACGUUGUCAUGAUAAGAUGGGAAUACCAAUCUGUGGCGCAUGUCGACGUCCGAUUGAGGAGCGCGUUGUUACCGCUUUGGGUAAACAAUGGCAUGUGGAGCACUUUGUGUGCGCCAAGUGCGAGAAGCCAUUUUUCGGGCAUCGCCAUUACGAAAAGAAAGGACUCGCUUAUUGCGAGAUUCAUUAUCAUCAACUCUUCGGCAAUCUUUGCUUUGUGUGCAAUCAAGUGAUUGCUGGUGAUGCUUUUACAACUUGGAAUAAAGCAUGGUGUCAACACCACUUCGCAUGCUCCAUGUGCGAUCAAAAAAUGAGCCAAAAGACGAAAUUCUACGAGUUUGACUUGAAACCCGUAUGCAAGAAGUGCUAUGAUAAAUUCCCGCAGGAAUUACGGCGUCGUUUGACCAGGCAGCAUGCGGCUGCACAACAAAAGAAUUGAUUUUGAUGAUAUAACCUAACUUAUGCACUAUUUACGUGCCUUUAAAGUGCCUAUAACUUAACUGUGCUAACCAUAACAUGCCUUCGAUGUUACUACUUAAUAUUUUUCGGAUAUAGUCGACUAAUUUGCCAAAUUUUAUAUAGAAAUAUUAAUAAUCGUAUUAAUUGUUUUUACACUUAAUUCUAGUUUAAGUGCGGUUAGUUUUGCCAUAAUAAUAAUAUUUACACCUAGGAUGUUUUUAAAAUUAAUACGAUUUGUAUUUGUCUAUUUAUUAUUAUGUAUUCGCUUCGAUUGUAAAGAAAUUUUGAGAAAAUAUAGACAUUAACGUAA